AGCAGGAAAAAUGAAGCACAUAAAGUUGUAUGGUGCAGUUGCUCCAUUUUAUCACAAAAUACCCCUAAGGCUAAGGCCAAAGCAUUUCGUCUCUGGACAUCAAUGGAUAAGAAGCAUUCAGUUGCCACUAACAGGCUAUCACUUCACAGAUUAUGAACAGGAAAAGAAAAGCUUCACAUUAAAUCGUCCCUUAUUUUUUAACUUUGCCAAAGACUUCAUAGAUGAAUGGGCGCACGCUGAGCGAGUAUGCCUAUAUUUAACAUCUUUUUUUUCUUAACAUUUUACUGAGAUAUUUCUUUAUUUUUUUCUCGAUUUUAUAUAAAAAUUAAUGUAUAGAGGACAUGAAAUUAGAACAAGACUAUUAGUUUGAUAAUUAGCUCAGUUUCUUAUUCCAUUCUUACCUUGAUAAAUUUUUUUUUAACAUGGAAAUUGUACUUAUGGAAAGUUCGCAAAAUUUAUGAAAUAUACAUGAUAUAUUUUUGUUUUAAAUUUUCUGUAUGAAAUAGGCUUAUUCUUUAAAAGAGAAUACAUUCCUGAUUUACUUGCAUUUCGACUCAGGUUUUUUUUUCAAAUUAGGUAACAUCAGCCUAUUUUUUUUAAAAAUGUUUGCAGAUUGGCACACGUAAUUCUUCUAUCCCUGCAUUUUGGUGGGUUGAUGCUAGGACAGACAAGGAAAUCAAACUGUCAUUUCAACAACUUUCAGAAAGAUCUCAACGGUAAAAUACCAAAAACUAAAUAAAUCUUGUAUCUAAAGUAAUCUAUUUACAAUAAUUUACUCUCCCAAUAGACCAAUAAUCUUAUAGUCAGUCUAUAGCGCACAGGCCAGAGAUGGACAACAUUUAGGAGUAUAGCUUACCAGACAAGAAAAUAUUAUCUGGGGGUUGAGAUGUGCUCACAAGUCAUGUCAGUAAGACACUUAAAACCAUGUGACUUUCAUAUCCUACGAGCAACCAACAACAAAGGCUGACAUGGCAAACAGCUGAUUCAAACCAUAUAAUAACAAAGACUUGAGUUACUAUGGAUUUUAACAUUUGAACUUUUUCAUUAGAGGGGCCUGCUUGAAAGUUAAUUGAGGCAUUAACUUUUGAUAUUUGCACCACAUUCAAAUUAAAAAAAUGCUUUAGGACUAAUGUUUUUAAUGGUUGAACUUAUCAUUAGGGCUAAUGUUUUUAAUGGUGCACCUUAUUUUUAGGGCUAAAGUUUAUAAAGGUUGAACUUGUCAUUAGGGCUUAUGUUUUUAAAGGUUGAACUUGUCAUUAGGGCUAAUGUUUUUAAAGGUUGAACUUGUCAUUAGGGCUUAUGUUUUUAAUGGUGCAACUUAUCUUUAUUUAGAGUUGCUAAUGCUUUAGUUGGAGGCUGUGGUUUAAAAAGACAAGAGAAAGUAAUUGUCAUUUUACCAAAGAUACCUGAGUGGUGGAUUAUUCUUCUUGCCUGUAUAAGGGCAGGUAAGUUUAACUUUUAAAUCUGCUUGCUAUGUCUAUGGGUUUAAAUUAAUAUCUAAUUAAAAACGAUAGCAUAUAAAUAACUCUUUCAUUAGUAAUCUCAUGCUGUAUUCUUUAUAUAGAUAUAACAAUAUGCCCGGGGACCACCAUGCUCAGAAUGCAAGACAUCAAGCACAGGUUACAGCUUUCUGAAGCCAAGUGUAUCAUCACAUACCCAGAGUUAGCACCCAUAGUAGACGAGGUGAGUAUACUAUCACAUACCCAGAGUUAGUCCCCCUCGUGGAAGAUGUAAUUCUUAGUAUAUCAUCAUGUUUUCAGAGGUAUCUAUUCCAGUUCUCUAGUGGUUGAAGGACGUUAAAACAAACUCAGAUUGAAUAAAGUUUUUUUUAUAUAACCUAUCAAAAUGAAUUAUCUCUUUUCAAAAAUUUGCUUAGUUACUUUUUACCUAUUUUAACGAUUUUAUUUUAAAAAAUACCAGUAAUUGCUCUAUAUUACAUGUAUUAUUAAUUAAAUCUAUUAAUGUAAAACAAAUAUAAAUGUAUAAUUAUUUGUACUGAAGGCUGCCCAUGAUUCAGAAAAUCUGAAGAGUAAAAUUCUUGUCUGUGACAAUGGUGAAACAAGGUUUGUAACAGUUUCAUAUAUCUGAAAUUAAUUCUAAAUUUGUGAGUAGCUAACUAAGAAUAUAUAAUGGAGAUGCCUGAAUUUGUUUUAUCUUAAUUUACUAAAACCAGUUUAAGUGAAUCAUUUUUUUUUAAUAUGCUAUAAUUAAGAUGAUCAAGCUUCACAUACAAGUGUAUGGGUGGUAAACAAUUUUUUUCCAUUUAUUUAGAAAUAUUUCCUGCUCAUAUGGCAACAGUUUCAUUUAAAGAAAAUGCAAAAAAUGACAAAAUCAUAAUGAUUGUAUUUUUUCUAAAAACUUACAAGUCAAGAGAGCCAUUUUCCUAGGUUUAAAACCCUAUUUCCCUCAUUACUUUGAUGGAUCUGCAAGUUAUCUUAGGUACAUUAAAUUUUGGUAUGUUUAACAAUGACAUCAACCCCCCCCCCACCCCCUUUUCAGUUCAAUAUAGUGGCCAACUUACCUGACCCUAUUUACACCACUAAUUUCAUUAAAAAUGAGUAUUCUAUUAUUUUGCUCAGUUUGCUUGCACAUUCUAAAUCUUCAUUUCCCAUAUAAUCUAUAUUCAUGAAGUUAAAGUUAAAAUGAUUUAAAAUAUUUUUUUAUUGUUAUUUUUUCCCUUCAUUUGCAAAACAAAAUAUUUUCUUUCAGACCUGGUUGGUUGAACUAUCAAGCACUUGUGGAGAAGGCAGCAGAUCAUUUUAAUGUAAGAUCCUUGCAUGUCUGAAGAAUUAUAAGAAUAUUCAUUUAAUAAGGAAAAUCUUUCCAUACUAACUGAUAUUAUUGCACUAUUUAAAUUAUCUGUCAUAUUCCGUUAGUCAAACGACAUCAAAGUUGAGAGAAUUUGAGCAUCAUAUCAAAGAUGAAAUAUUAUUUUUUCAAAGUCAUUAUUUAUGGGGUAUGACCUAUUAAAAAGUAAAAAGAUCAUAUGAUAACUUUUCAUUAAAAAUGAAAAAAAAAAAUUAGGAUUGGAUAAUAAAACAAUGCUAAUAUUAUUUCAAGUAUUUUAAGUUUCUAUCUGGUUAUUUUACUCUUAGUUCUUACUGAUCCUUAAAAAUAUGUUGUUGCUUUUAUACUACUUCAAGUUACUACUGGUCUCUCAUAUUACUUAAAGUAAAUUCUGGCAGCAAUAUUACUUUCUGUACUUUUAGAAUAUGCUUGUAAAACAAAUUCAAAUCAUGACAUUUUUUUGUUUUUCUAGUGUGUCAACACAAAGGGCUCAGAUCCAAUGAUGAUAUUUUUUACCAGCGGAACAACAGGGAAUCCAAAAAUGGCAGAACACACCCACAUCAGUUAUGGCUUAGGGCACAUAACUACCGCUAGGUUUGUUUUGUCUAACGAAAUUAAAUCAAAAUUAACCAAAAAAUUGACUAAUUUGUUUCUUACUUUUUUCUAUCCACUUUAGAAAACCCGACAAGCUAUUGUGCAUUAAGGCUGUUUAAUUCCUUCAUUUUCUUUCAUUAUAAACAGAUAUUUUUUGAUGGUUGAUUCCAACAGUGUUUUGUGGAACUUGUCAGACACAGGGUGGGCCAAAAGUGCCUGGUCAUCUUUCUUUGCCCCCUGGAUAAUGGGAGCUUGUGUUUUUAUUUACAAUUCACCUAAAUUUGACCCACUUGAGACUUUACAGGUAAAAAUAAUAACAGGAUUGAAGAAAAUAUAUACUUCAUCUCAUCAAAAAUAUUUGUUACAAUCCCAGCAAUUAAACUGAAUAUUAAAAUUAAUUUAAUUUAGUAAUUUCUAAAAAAAUAUUAAUUGUGAUCUCUAUAUUAAAAAAAUAAAUUUUGUUGUCUUCCCGUCUACCAAAACAAUAUUAUUGUUGGGAUCCCCUUAUUAAAUUAUUCAUUAUUGUAUGGUAUGAGAUGUGUAUAUAUUAUAUAUAUUCCUUAGUUUCAAGAUAACAUUUUUUUACCAAAAAUGAAAUUAGCAAACUUCAAUGCCAUGAAACUAGAUUUAUUUUUAAAAAUUGAGAAAGCAGAACUUUUAAAGCAAAAAUCAAUAUUCACAAUGCAUUGCUAUGAAAUGUUAUCAAUUUAUCAAGGGCUGUCUUGUUCACUUAAUUUGAAGGUUUUAAAGGCAAAUUAAAAGACUACAUAAUAAUCAAAGACACUACACUUUUGUCACAUAUUUAUUCAUAGGUUCUAUCAAAGUUUCCAGUAACCCAUUUCUGCAGCUCUCCAACUGGCCUCAGGAUAAUGCUCGGACAGCAGCUGCACAAUAUUAAAUUUAAGGCAUUAAAGAGGUCUUUGGGCGCUGGAGAACCAGUGGUAAGCAUUUGUUUUGAGCAUUUAUUCUCAGUGACAAUUUUAGUUUUUUCAGUCUUAAUUUUUAUUGGAAUUGCUUUUCUUUGAAAGGGGAAUAAUGUUAGAUUUAAAGUUUGUGCUCAAGUCAAAAGUAAUUAUUUGUAUUGUAUUCUUAAUUAAAUCAAAACAGAGAAAAUGUGACUAAAUGUUACAAUUAUAAAGAUCGAUUCAUCAUUUAUAAUUCAACCCCAGAUAAUUGAUUCAUGGGGAAAGAAUUGAAAUAUAAACUUUUUUCAUAAACCUAUGGCCAUGGCAUAGUUAUUCCACUCAGUUAUUACUGUAUGAUUUUGAAUAAAAUGUUAUUCAAAAUGAUACAGUAAUAACUAUGCUUUUGAAACACACACUAUAAAACAGCAACAAAAAUUGUUUUUGAAACGGCAUGAGACUUUUAAUUUUGUUAAAUCUAUUUUUUGUUGACCAGAAUCCGGAGUUGAUGGAAAUUUGGCAACGGGAAACAGGGAUAACUUUGUAUGAAGGCUACGGACAAACAGAAACAGUACACAGUUUUUAAAAACAAACUCAUUUAAUUAUGUUAAUUUUAUUAUGGACAAAAAGAAACUUUACAUACAAAAUUAUUUAAUGAGAUGAAUUUUAUUAAAUCAAAGUUAAUUUGUAUUCUCCAAACUGCUUUAGUUGCUUCUUUGGCAUAAUACAUAAUUUUACAAAUUUUAUUUAUAAUAUGUAAAUAAUUUUUACAUUGCACCAAUAUAUAAAAAAAGUAAUUCCCCCUGUUUUUUCUCCGAAGACAUUAGUAAGCUGUCGCUAUAACUGUAUAAAAUAUAAAGAAGGCUCCAUGGGCAAGAGCUCUCCUGAUCUACAAGUUGGCAUUGUGGAUAAUGACGGCAAAUUGACUGAGCCUGGUACAGAGGGGAAUAUUGCCCUGUUGACAAAACCAGUUAGACCCAUUGGCCUCUUCACACAAUAUUUGGUAAAUUUAUUUACAAGAAUUGUAGCAUAAGGACUUUAUAAAGACUUUCCAUAUUUUCUAUCAUUGAUGUGUUUUGUUUUAAAAUCUAAGUUUAGAAAAAUCCAAUCACCAGAAUGAUCCAGAUCGCACAGCGGCAUCGUUCCGAGGGGACUGGUACCUAACGGGGGAUAGAGGCUACAUGGAUGAGGAGAACUACAUCUAUUUUGUUGGCCGUGCAGAUGAUGUUAUUAACUCAGCCGGGUACGUUGCAGGCAUUAUAAUUGUCUUUUGAUGCUUCACUUUCAAAAAAAAAAAAAAAUUCUUAUUAUGAAAAGGGUUUCCAAAAAAUUUCACUUUGGCAACCUAAUACAGUAGAUUUAUAUAUUUAUAAAUAUAGUAUUAGCCUAAUGAUUUUGCUUCUAAUCAUUGAGUUUAGGUAUCGUAUUGGUCCAUUUGAAGUUGAAAGUGCCUUAUUGGAACACCCUGCUGUCUUGGAGUCAGCUGUUAUCAGUAGCCCAGAUGAGAUGAGAGGGGAGGUAAUGACAAGUAUUACUAUGUAUAUGGGUAGGGAUUGCUAGUAAUUGCAAAUUUAGUCAAGCUAUUUCGUUAGCUAAUUGAUUUUUGCUUCCACUUUUGCAUUGUACAUGCAGCUGUUCUGUAAUUCAUAUAAGAUUUUCAUAAAAAAAAGAAACAACUUAUGAAAUAAAUUUUGAAAAUUCAAUUAAAAUUUGUGCCAGCUGCAACUUUUUACAAACUUCUUAUGGUUAAUUUUUCCAUAGAUUUUGAUAAACGUUUAAAAUAACAUUCAACUGCUUAAAUCUCUAGUUAGCAGAAUUCUGCAUUGAUAUAGCAUUCAACUGCUUAAAUCUUUAGUUAGAAGAAAGAAGAGGAGAUAAAAUUUGAUUCACAGUUCACCCUCAAAGGUUCAUUGUUUGGGAUUCUUGAUUUUCAUAUUUCAAAUCUAAAGCAAAAAUAGAAAACUUUUCCUGAAGCUGUAAUAUUCUUCUCCUUCCAAUGGUCUUUAUCUGCCAGUAGAUCAUAGGUCAAAUUAACAGAUAUUUAUUAGGCCUUCAAGUGUCUUCAAAUCUUCUUGAACUCUUUCCUACUUUGAGCUAAUCCUUUUCUACCUCUUUACACGAUAUGUUAAGGGUCUUCUUUCUUAUCUAUUUACCCCUGACAACUGCUUGCCUAUUUAUGUUUGGCAUUGGUUUACUUUUCCAAUGUCCAAGCCUUCUCCAUAAAUUUCCUGAAUCUCUCGCUACGCUGGGAUUGGUGAUUUCAUCUUGUUACUUUUCUAAUUUACAAAUAUUUUUGUAAGUUUAUAUUUUUAAUUUGGAGCUGGUAAUGGUUAUUCUCUACAGGUUGUAAUGGUUAUUCUCUACAGGUUGUAAUGGUUAUUCUCUACAGGUUGUAAUGGUUAUUCUCUACUAGUUUUAAUGGUUAUUUUAUACAGGUUGUAAUGGUUAUUCUCUACAGGUUGUAAUGGUUAUUCUCUACUAGUUUUAAUGGUUAUUUUAUACAGGUUGUAAUGGUUAUUCUCUACAGGUGUAAUGGUUAUUCUCUACAGGUUGUAAUGGUUAUUCUCUACUGGUUGUAAUGGUUAUUCUCUACAGGUUGUAAUGGUUAUUCUCUACUGGUUGUAAUGGUUAUUAUCUUCUAGUUUUAAUGGUUAUUUUAUACAGGUUGUAAUGGUUAUUCUCUACAGGUUGUAAUGGUUAUUCUCUACAGGUUGUAAUGGUUAUUCUCUACAGGUUUUAAUGAAUAUUCUCUACAGGUUGUAAUAGUAAUUCUCUACUGGUUGUAAUGGUUAUUAUCUACUAGUUUUAAUGGUUAUUCUCUACAGGUUGUAAUGGUUAUUCUCUACAGGUUGUAAUGGUUAUUAUCUACUAGUUUUAAUGGUUAUUCUCUACAGGUUGUAAUGGUUAUUCUCUACAGGUUGUAAUGGUUAUUCUCUACAGGUUUUAAUGAAUAUUCUCUACAGGUUGUAAUGGUUAUUCUCUACAGGUUGUAAUGGUUAUUCUCUACAGGUUGUAAUGGUUAUUCUCUACCAGUUGUAAUAGUAAUUCUCUACUAGUAAUUGUAAUUGUCUACUGGUUGUAAUGGUUAUUUUAUACAGGUUUUAAUGGUUAUUCUCUUCUGGUUGUAAUGGUUAUUCUCUACCGGUUGUAAUGGUUAUUCUCUACAGGUUUUAAUGAAUAUUCUCUACAGGUUGUAAAAGCAUUUGUAGUUUUGAAAUCAGAUAUUAUUAAUGAAAAUCCCCAAAAACUGGUUGAGGAUUUACAAAAUCAUGUGAAGGAAUCCACUGCACCUUACAAAUACCCAAGAAAAGUAAGUUUUAUAUGUUGCUAUUAAUCUUUCAUAAAUGGAAAUACUACUAUCAUUUAAAGUAAAGUUGCCUUUAUCAAACAUGUGAAAAAGUUUGAGAAAAACUUGUGUUCAAUUAAAACUUGUAUAUAAAUAUUUACUUUUUUAAAAAAUAAGCAGAUUUUUAGAUAUUUUUCAAUUUCUUUUUCAAUUAUUUUUAUUUAAAUUUCUAUAUUAAAUAUUUCAAGCUCUAAAAUUUUUACAAGGACUAAAAUUUUUACUCUCCUUGUGUGUUACUGGAAAACUAAAAUUCAUACAUUUUUUUUUUUUCAUGGUAAGAUUGAAUUUGUGAAGGAACUUCCAAAAACUGUCAGUGGUAAAAUCAGAAGAGUGGAAUUACGGAACAAUGAAUGGCUCAAUGCUGGCACACCCGAUCAUAGAUGAACUGGAUCACUUUGAAUUGGAGAGAUUGUGAAGAAUUUUAAAAUCAUUUAUCCUUUAUUUUGUUAUUCCUGCUUAAGAUUUAGAAAUGUUUCAUAUGUCCAUUUAGUCUUGUUUUACAUAAACUUAUAUUGUACAGAAUAUAUAUACCUAUCCCCUAAUACAUUGAACACAGGGCCUAAAGUUCAUCGGCUUACACCAAGCCAACACUAGCAACAGUUUAUCUAGAAGUUUGAAUCUUCAGGCCUUUAAAGUCCAGGCUCUAUCAUUAUUGGACACACUUUCUGUAAAAAUUGAAUUAAUUUUUUUGUAAUUUGUAGGUUUUUGUAACCAGCUGUGUACCUCUUCACAGUUUUUGGUCCACAAUACAUAUUGGCCAUGUUAGAAGCAUUUGGUUUGAAUGACAAUGCCCGACUACAAAAACCUUGUUGGGUUGAUACUAAGCAGCUUUCAGAUCCGAAAAGGCUACACUACUUUAGAAAGUAUUUGUAACUCACAUAACUUAUCAUCAUCAGUGGCGCUACAGCCCAUGUAGGACCCUGGCCUGGUCCAACAUAUCCCUCCAUUCGGAUCAAUCCAUAGUUUCUGCCUCGAUGUGCAAACCCCCAACUGGUGUAAAUCCUUCUCUACAUCAUCGAUUCCAUCUCAGUCUCUGACGACCAGUGAGCCAUCUGCCCCUAGGUUUCUGCCUGUGUAUCUCUUUUGCUGCUCUACAAUCCGACAUUCUUUUAAUAUGUCCUGUCCAGCACAGUCUGCCCUUUUUUUAUUGUUGCGACUAUGGGUGGGGUCUUUUUACAGUUGAUAUAGCUCUUGGUUUUUAUGGAUUCUCCAGACAUCCUUUUCCAUCACUGGGCUGUACAUUUUCCUGAGGAUUUUCCUCUCCCAUGUAUGGAGCAGGUUCUCUGCUUUCCUGGUGAGGGACAAACAGUGUUUCUUUCAGAAAUUCCCCCCCCCCCCCGGGGCA